UUUCAAAAAUUCCAUCUUGAUUUUAUUAUAAUUUAAAAUAUUAUUUCUUAAUCAUCUUAUCUGUAGUCGCUUACUAUCGUUUCCAGAUGAACGAAAAUUAAUUUCGAAAAAUGAUCUCAGCGUCAUUCGCUCAUCUAAAAGGUUAAAAGGGAAGGAAUAUUUGAUAUCAAAACCAAGCAUUGAUACAAUCAGUUCGAUUGGUGGAUCUAAAGUGAUAUCGGUCAAAGGAGCUGUUCGAUCGAUUUACUCGCAGAGAGAUCAGAAAAUGGCUUCUGCUAUUUCCUUGCAGGACAAACAAAUUGUUAACACUCAAAAACUAAACUACAUUGAAUUUAUGCAAGAUUCUAUUUUGAUCGAGUAUCAAUUACACCUUGAAAUAAACUUCAAUUGGGAGAUUUUUGAAAUAAUUCGCGAGGCAGAAUUGAUGGAACAAUUAGGAUUUAAUUUACCUGAUGUUAUAAGAAAUACUGGUAUUCAGAAAAAUCGACUAAGGGCAGACAUUGAGAUGAUAGAAAAGAUGAUAAAUGAAUAUAACAUGAUCAUCAAUAAGUUAGACAAGCCUGAUGUAUGUGAUGCGUCCAAUUGGAGAUACUUCAAUAAUAGUUUGCCAAACAUUCUUUAUCAAAUAUUGAUUAUAGAUUCAAUUACUAAAGAAGACGCUUCUUAUUAUUGAAAAACAUAUUCAACCUGGCAUUAUACGAUUUAAUUGGAAUUCUUUGAAUAUAACAGAUUAUGCUAUGUCAUGUGAAAAUUUAUUGAAAAAUUUAAAAUCUAUCGUUGAACAGCUUAAUCAGUUAAAAAAAGAAUUGGAUGAAAGAAUUGAAUCUAAAAUGCAGAGUUAUAAUUUAGUGUCUCUAAGUUCUGAUGUAUCAGAAUCAAACAAUGUCAAUGAAAGUUUAUUACCUUGCAAGACAUUUUUUAUAAAUAUAGAAUCUCACAGAAAAGAAUUAAUUGGUGCAAUGUCAAGGGCAUAUAAAUCCGUAAGUCCUAUGCUGUUGAAAAUUGAGAGUUUAGUAGAAGGAACGUCUACUGGAAAGAGUUCAACAAUGCGCCUAUAUUAUGAAAAAUAUGAAAAGAGUGUAUUUGUAGCGCUUACAACAUGUAUGAUAAACAAUAUGGAGUUUCUAAACAAGAUGUUGUCUGGUAAUAAUGUGAUGUUUCAAGUGGAUGCUGUAUUAGUAGCAUCGGAGGUCAUCUUGAGACCGUCACCAAAUGAAAUUAAUAAUAUUAUUUUAAACGACGUUUUGAAUCUAUUAGAGAGAUUAAAAGGAUUUCCCAGAUGGAUGAAUGGUACUUGCUUAGAGUGUAAACCGCAAAGGAAAGAUUCCUCAAACGACUUCUUUACAGUUUCUUUCUUUGAAGAUGUGAUGAGUAUACAAAUGAUUAAUGAUCUUAUAAUAGCAAUUCAGGACACUACUUAUAAAAUAUCCGUUGAUUGCUCGAGAUACUUACAAAAAUGGAAAAAGUAUUCUAAUCUUUGGACUUUUGAUAAAAUUGUAGCUGGGGAAAAGUUUGCAUCCACUAAACCCACGCUUCGACAAUAUGAUGAAAAGUUUACAUUUUAUGGUGGUAUUUUAGAAGAGCUUGAUGAUAUGGCACAUAAUAUCGACAUAUUUAGCAUACGGUAAA